AUGGAGCUGUCUACCUUCCCUGGUGCUGAAAUCCUUUACAACAGCACCUGGCAAGACUUUAGCUCAAGUCCUCUCACAACUUCUAAUGCCACAAAUCAAUCGCCGAUGAAAAAUACUACUUCAAUCAUCAUAGCUAUUGCUAUCACUGCCCUGUAUUCUGUCGUCUGUGUGGUGGGGCUUUUGGGGAAUAUCCUGGUAAUGUACGGCAUUGUCAGAUACACCAAGUUGAAAACUGCCACCAACAUCUAUAUCUUCAACUUAGCCCUGGCAGAUGCUUUGGCCACCAGUACUCUGCCCUUCCAGAGUGCUAAGUAUCUGAUGGAGACCUGGCCUUUUGGGGAACUGCUUUGCAAAGUUGUCCUCUCCAUUGACUACUACAACAUGUUCACCAGCAUCUUCACCCUCACGAUGAUGAGUGUGGACCGGUACAUUGCUGUCUGCCACCCAGUCAAGGCCUUGGAUUUCCGGACCCCAGCUAAAGCAAAGUUAAUCAAUGUUUGCAUCUGGGUCCUCUCCUCUGUGAUUGGAGUACCUAUCAUGAUCAUGGCUGUCACUAAAUCUGAAGGUGGCAUUAUGAUCUGUCUCCUUCAGUUUCCUGAACCUCAAAUUUACUGGGAUACUGUUACCAAGAUUUGUGUUUUUAUCUUUGCUUUCUUGGUUCCCAUCUUGGUAAUCACCAUCUGCUAUGGGCUUAUGAUUCUCCGCUUGAAGAGCGUCCGUCUCCUCUCAGGUUCCAAGGAGAAGGACCGCAAUCUGCGCCGUAUUACACGCAUGGUGCUAGUUGUGGUAGCAGCCUUCAUCAUCUGUUGGACUCCCAUCCAGAUCUUCGUCAUUGUUUGGACUCUGGUUGGCAUUGACAAGAAGAACCCCUAUGUCAUGGCCAGCCUGCAUUUUUGUAUUGCCCUGGGCUAUACAAACAGCAGCCUCAACCCUGUCCUUUAUGCUUUCUUGGAUGAAAAUUUUAAGAGAUGUUUUAGGGAGUUCUGCCUCCCAUUCCGAUCACGGAUGGAGCAGAACAGCUUCAGCCGGGCCCGGAACACCACUCGAGAACGUGUUUCUACCUGCACUCCAUCUGAAGUUCUUCAUAAGUCAGCAUGA